AUGUCUACGAGUCUCAAAGGCGAGUUCGUCGACCUUAGGUAUCCAGACACGGCCGCCAAUGUUGGCUAUCCUUUUGCCAAAACAGCCAAGGAUGGCAGCCGGGUACAUGUAACCAAACCCGCUGCUCCAAUCCUCCAUCAGUUACUGUCCACCUUUGUUACCGAAAUGUUUGCUUUGCGGUCCCUACCCAACACCUUCUGGAGUGUCCAGGUGCAAGGCAUCUUUGAGAACUUGGCCGAGGCCAACCUCUCUGAAAGUUACGACAAGGGCGCUCUCGGCACCCGCAAAACGCUGUGCACAGUGUUCUCGUCAAUACUGGAGCUUGUAGCUCGCGGUCAGCUCGGCGGCGUUCAAAGACAGAUUGAGAACACCAGAAGCCUAAAGUCAAACGUCUACGACUUGAACAGGGCGGAGAGUCUCAUCAAGGCCUGGGACGACGUGGUGCAAGAGCUGGUGUACGGUAACCUGAUCGACGAACUCUUCGAUCAUGCAGCCAACGUCAGUGGCAACCUCGAAGAGCAUUCACCUGCCGCCGAAGCUGCAGUGCACUAUAUCGUUCUACACUUGGCAACCAUCUUGCACCAGGUGUUUGUCGUCUCUUCCGAGGGGCCGUACAUACUCAAGCUGCUCGAUAACAUGUACAAAAUGCUUCCCUGGGUCAUGAUAAAGCAAACGCUGAGGAUAGGGAACGCCGCGACGAUGUUGAAUGGGCUCGUCAAGCUGCUCUUGUCCAAGCUGAGCAUUGGAUCUGUUUCCAACUGGAUCGGCGUGACGACGGAUGCUGAUGAUGGAAUGAAUUUGAUGCAGAGAAUUAUUUCAAUGACCUUGUCAUGGGACUGCUCCGAGUUCAAAAAGACGGCGGACCAUGUCAAGAAGAUGAAGAGUGGCCCGACAAAGGAACAGCUUGCUGCGAUCGACGAACACAUCAAGCUUUCGCGAGACGAGCAGGAUAGAGUGCGCGGAACGAGUAUAUCCGAGGGGAAAUCCAUCGUCAUGGCCAUCCUCAAAUCCCAACACCAGAGCUGUUCCAUCUCGGACUCUGAGCAUAGUGCCUUGUUGGACUAUUACUCGGCCCGCCUAUCAAUUCGCGACCGCGAGGAGAUUUCUCGCGUCAUGUGUCGCUCCAAGCCCGAUCUGAUGACGCAACUCCUCCGAGACGUAAUGAGCGCCUACGAGCCAAUGAUUCGGGAAGUCCACACCAAAAUACCGCUCCAUGAAACCAUGGGCGACGUAGAGGCUUUCCUAGGCGAGAUGAUAGAGACAGCCAAGGGCACCAAGUCCCAAGUGGCUACCAUCACCGACUUUGUAGAUCUUUUGAUGCGGAAUCGCUCAAGACUCUACAAAUGGAUGCAUCUCAUCGACAAGGAGUGUCCUGGACCUAGAGAAGAAUUCCGGACGUGGGCCCACAAUUCGAUCCGGGAGUUCAGGAGGAAGUCAGCUUCCCCCAGGCCUUCUCCAGCCAAGGGAUACACUUAUGGGGAUGCAAACGGCGGACGUGGUCAUGAAUCGUACUGCAGUGGUGCAGCCGGCGACAUGUCUGCGACUCUAUCCGCCAUGUUUGCCGCCCUCCCACGUGAGACCAGGGCCGACGUCAGGCAUCAAAUCGAUGCCCACGCAACAUACCUUGAGAUAAUCAACGGCCGCUCUGUUGUUCACAUGCAGAACAUCUUGGAUUGCCUGAGUGCCAGAAGAUCGAGCUCUAGCCUUGGCGCGCUGGACGUCACUAGCAAGCUUCGAAGCAAGAUCUCCUCGAAGGCCUCCAGUGGAGCUGCAAGCCCAGCACCGGUUAGACUAGGGAGUCCCGAAAAUGGCGCCGUAAGCUGGGAGGCUUCGGGUCCGGGCGUGUUCCUAAUCAGAUGGAAUGACCUUUUGGAUGAGACAUUGGUCACUCCAGCGACGCAGUUCGGCCCCCCACGAGUGGGCAAGGACGUCAAGCAGAAAACAUCAAUGGGCAAGGCAGGCACGGGCGCCAAGGCCAAGGAAAAGAAGCUACCGAAAGGCUUCGUGGAGGAGUUCGAGGGGCUCAAGGUUGACGGCGGCGCCGUUUCGGAUAUCGAAGCACCAGAGGUUGGAGCUGUUUUGACCGCCAUGGGGAAGGAAUUCUGGCAGCUGCUGGCAAGCAGGAAGAACGAUGCUCAAAGUAAGGUUACGCCAGUGACCAACUUCAUUUGA